UUGUGAUACGAAAAGAGAAAAUUGUGCAGCUUACAGACUUCUUCCCAUUUAAUACGCGGCGCGGUACAUAAAACUUUCUUGGGGGGGCAAUUAUACAUCUGAGAAACAGUCAGCUUCUCAGUUGGUGAUUGACACCCGAACAAUAAACGCUGAAGAGUGGAAAACAAGAAACUGCAAGAUUUACUCACCUUUUUUUUCUUACUAACCAGAGUUUCACUCAAUUUACAAUUUAUCGUGGAGGUGACCACAUCAUCUGAUGGAGUUUUGAAGCAACCCUUUAGUAAAGCUUUUUAUCUCGAUAAAUAAUAAAACACGAUUCUGAUAAAUUCAACGGCUGUCGCUGAGACAAUUUUAAGUUUACAUCACUUGUGUGAAUGUCCUCAAUGGAAAUCGAUAUGAUCUGAAACAUAACGUGAUACCUAGGGACGUACAGAGCCACUAUAUUGUCACUAAUGUGGUAAAAUUCAUCACGGCAAGAGACAUCGAAUUUAAAAUCAAAUUCAUUGUAAAAAAAAAUAUGGCGACUUUGAGAUUGGAGGUAACUGUUAUGGUUCUUGUGCUUAUUUCCACUGUAUUAGCAACUGACGGUGAUAAGGUGCAGCAGACGGUCAUAAAACCAGCUCAGGUGCACAGAACGCAACUGAAAGUGUCACGGAGUCUCAAUCCUGAUGACAUGGAGACAAUUAAUGUGCGAUCGAAUAAUGGAGGUGUUGCAACUAUCAUUGUGAAGAAGCGUGAUGGUAAAAGCACAAAUAUUCCGCCGCAAAGUACAAGUAGUGAAACUGGUCUCACUCGUGAGGAAGCGAGACGACGAUACUACACCUCUGCGGGUCACACAACUAUCCUUAGAAAAGUGUCGAAAAUUCCUACAUCACAGGAAUCCACAAAUCAAUCGAAAUGGACCACGGCUCCUAGAUCUGAUCUUCUCCUUAAAUCUGGUACGUACAGAUUCUCUCAGCCAACGACAGUGCAAGAGGAAGGGAAAAUGAAUAUGAUCAACUCCUUUAUUCAACAUGUUGGUACUAUGGAUCCCCCAACUGCAGGACCUACAGAUGUAUCUAGGAAUAAUGAUCGCGGUGCUGUGCACAUUUCCAUUCUUAACACUAAAAAUCUAAAUAAGGCGCGUAAAGUACCCACACCUGUCUUCAUUAGCUCUGAUCCAGUUUAUGUUAAAGAUUCUGCAAAUAAAUCAAAGCGUGGUCGAUCAAUGAUAGAGGUUGAUGCUGAUGGUAUAUCAGUCAUUCAUGGUAUAAGAAUGCCCGAUGAUGAAAUUGACAAAGUGAAAACUUGGCGCAACGCCAGAGUUAUAAAUGGUGAACUUCAACCCUAUGAGAAAGGAUAUAAACCACCACAGGCGGAUGUUUUUGAAAUCGGUCAGUUGGUAUAUGCGAAAGUUAGUGACGGUGACGAAGAACGUCGACGAAGCAUUGGACCGUUUUCAACAUCAGACAAUUACUAUAAAAAUACAGAUAUUGAUACCAAAUUAAAGAGUAUCGGUCCUUUUACGGUAAAAGACAAUUUAAAAAAUGAUCCUAAAGUAUAUCAUUUUCGCAAUAAGUUUCAAUCUGAGAAAUCUAAUCGUCCGAUACCAUCCCGUGGCAUAGGACCUUUCACUGUUACCGAUAACUCUAGAGUAGCAAAUUCAAAAUUGAUUGAAUACAUUAAGAGGAUAAAUGAGCACGAGCAAAGACGAGAUUACUUUGCAGGAAAAGCCAUAAAGUUCUCCGGAGAUAAUAUUCAAGGAGAUACCCAUUCCAUUCAGAGGCGCAUGUUAACGAGUCAAAGAAAUACCAUAUUCCCAAUUAGUCAAAUGUAUAUGCCUAAAAACAAAUCAAGUGAAAGCGAUAGGUCCCCGGUCCUAGAAUACGCACAUCCAGAAUUCGGGGUUCAAGCUGCAAAAUCUGUUCCAAUUAAGGAUAAACCAGUGAAAGUGAAUUACUACACAAAGGAUAUACACAGUGAUAGAUCGCCGUAUGCAAUAGAACCGGCUAUGAAUACGGAUUAUUAUUAUGAAAACGAAAGAAAUGGAAGGUAUGGUCAAGGAGAUGGUUCUUAUUUUCAUGGGAAGCCAGCUACUUAUCCCUACACUUAUGGAUAUCUUAGAAAAGUUAAAGAGCAACCAUUUUGGAUGAAAAUAACUGAACAAAUGAGGAAUACUUUUCAAAAUGGAUUUUCUACGGUACAACAAAUGACAAAGCCUGUGUUUGAUCCACUUGUCGAAGCGGGUCAAAAGAUUUCUCAAAAUUUGGGCUUAAGCAAGUCUAAUCUAGAAGCUCAGGAUAAAGUGGGGAUAGUUGCUGGUCCUGUAGGAAUGAGUGGAUCAGCUUUUUUACCGGCUUUAGGACUUAUGGCUAGUGGCGCCGCCUUGAGCAUAGGAGCUUUAGCUAUGGGUAGAUUUUUAGAUGUGAAUCUACUAAAGCGUUCAGAAGAUGGUAGCCCUAUAAUGGAACACAAAGGGGAAUUCCGGAAUUUGGGACUUACCAAUGACGGCUACUAUGUGCUAAUGAAGGAAGUUCCAGAACAAGAAGAUCAAACAGGUGUGAGAAGGGAAACCAUUCAUAAUAUUCAGAAGAGAUCAGCAAGAGGAGAAGAGUCUCUGGGAAGUUUACUGCAGAGUAUUGAGAGUGAAUUACCGUCACGGUCGAGAAAUCGCUUUGAAGUACAAAUACGUGAGACAAAUUGGAGUAAUCCCCAAUGUGCCAAGAAGGUGUUUUGUGAAGUGAUGACCAAGCAAAAGCCAGACGAUAUUAUACUCAUGGAAAAGAAGAUGGAAACACUGCUGAAAAUGAUGCAUCCAAAUUUAGGUGUCAACCUCUCGACACAUUUAUCAGAAGUGACCGAUGCCAUCCGUCGAAGGGACUGUAACUCAUUUACUUGUUAGAAAUUGGUGAUUAUAUGGGAAAAAUUAUAAAGGAACCAAAAGAAGAGAUCACACAAGAUCCAUAUCCAGUGAAUUGAAAUCAGUGAAGAGUGGGCGAGAUGUGUAAUUUUUGUAGAAUUUAAAAUUACAGAAUCCUGUCCAUGCUCAAUACCCAGAUCAAUUAUCGAAAGAAAUACAAUAUGUACUCAAAGACGCUUGUACUUCGUGGAUUUUAGGUAAUAAAUAUGCAUAAAAUACGUCCGAUAUUUUUUAAACUCAGAGAGGGUAUAAUAAUGAAAAGUGGAAAUAGAAAUUAAUGCAUCUAUUGAAAAAAAAGAGAAAGAAAGCUACAUUUUAAGUGUUUAUGAGAUGAUAUAUAGUAGGUCUACCUAAGUAAUAUUACUAUUUCUAUUCCAAAGCCAUUUUAUAAUUUAUUGUAAUAAGAUGUAACUAAAAGAAAAUAUUAAAAUUGUCCUAGUACAGUCAUACCUCGCUUAAUUAUCUCUCGGUUAAACAAUUCUUAUGCAUUAAAACUAAUGGGUGGAAACACUUUAACUGUGAGGUAUAUUAAAUCGGACAUGACUGUUUAAUCUAUUAGCAUUUCAACCCUCCUGAAGCCAUGAGAGAUAGGUGCUUUCCAGAGCUAUAUUUUGUUUUGCCAUUCAAUAAAUAAGUUAAUCUACUGAAAUAGUGCCUUAACUGUUUACUCUAUUCGUUUCAAAUUUUUUUGAAAGAGCAUAUUAAAAAUAAAAUAUAAAAUGUCCCUUUAAAAGUUUAAUUGCCCGCCCAAAUUUGCAAAAUAUCUCUGAGAUCGGAUACCUACCUCACAUGGCUAUGUUCAUGAGUGUUGCACUCACGGCGUACGUUUAUUUUGCUUUAAAAAAUCUUAUCAAAUAAUCAAUCAAUAAUUUUUUAUUUAUUUUUUAAUCUAUCAUACAUAGAUUAGGCUGAUUUAAUUAUUAU